UAUUAGCAAACAAUUGUUAGUAUUAUUAUCAUCGACAUCACCACCAAUGAUAAGUGUCGGUCAUUAUUGGCUACAAUACCGACACCAAUACCAUUGGCAACAAAUUAGAGGACAGACAUCAGUAUUAUUAUUAUCUACCGAUCCGUUAGCACCUAAAACAACAACAACAAUGUUUAGACAGUUUGUUAGUAGGUUUCCGCUGCCGACGCCACCACUACCCAUACGUACCGGCCGUAUGCUAGACAUUGAGGACAUUGUUGACAAACAAUUUAAGGAAUCGGCGGUCAAGUUUGCAUCCAUAUUGAACACCAAUACGGAUACCGGAGCCGUCUAUAGGGCUACGGGUUGUAUUGUUGAUGUAGUGACCGUCAGCCGCGGCAGCGGCCAGACUGGUACUACAAUCAGACUACGGCUGAUAACCACAGCUCACGGCCAGGCAAUUGGACUGCCGGUCAAACUGGUCGGCAUUCGGCUACCCUAUCAGCAGCCGGCACGGGUAGCGUACGUCAAUACAGGUUUGGAAAUGGCCUUAAUUGAGUGUCAACUGACUACCCAUAAACAGGUACCGGCAUUUGACUGGCAAACAGCUACCGAAUCGUUGCGGCAACUGUUUGGCCAUGAAGUUAUGGCACUGGGCUUUCCCGACGGUGGCUAUCAACUAUGUACCGGUUUGGUUAACUGUCCCCAGAGUUUAAUGACCGACGAUUAUAAUCUGAAUUAUAUAACAUUUCGGGAACCGGCCGAACCAAAUGUCGAACACACGACACCCAUAUAUCACGGAUUUUCUGGCGGACCCCUAAUCGAUCUCCUCAAUGGACAGUUGGUUGGCAUUAAUUUCGGUGCCGUCCGAUCGCAACGUAUUGCCGUUUCAGUGGAUAAUAUUCAACAUUUUAUGGAAAGUGCCGACACCUAUAAGCACCGACAGCUGACUAGACGACUGGCCGAACACCGGGAUCUGAUACUUGGCUGCGAAAUCGAUUGGGACAUCGAUUGUCUAAUUAUAACUAAUAAGUUUGUCGACUACGAGGGCAACCGUUCAUUGGAUACGGACGACCUGAUCGAUACGGUUAAUGGCCAGCCUAUGGAUUCGGUCGAUCAGUUUGCCGAACUUGUUGACCAAUGUUUGGCUAGUAAUCAGCCGACAUUGACCAUCAAAGGUACCAAACAAGUAGGCCCUGGGAUGUCAUCGUUUACGGCAAUUGUUAAUCUGAUACCAACACCGACAACAUCGGGAGUGACACUAAUUUAG